AUGAUGAUUCUCCGGAAUUGCGCCCUUAUCCUGGCUGUUGCUUCUAGUCUUGUAUAUAGUUAGUUCAUUUUGCAAUUAUCAGCAAGACUACAUGAUUUUCAGCUAAACCAAUCCAAAAUGUCGAUUUCUCUUCUGUAAAUACUUUCCUCACCAACUUGGCCUCUGCGGACUCCCGCACUGACUCUCUGGUCACGUUAGACUACCAGAACAUGGCUUCGAAGAUAAACCCAGACCACGAUAACUCCAAGCGCCCACUUUUCACAACUGUUGAUGGAUCUGUGAGCGGUGCUGCCACCUACACUGCUAUCGCUAACCUGCUGGUAAGCACAGUCUGAAAAUUGAAGGGAUUGAACUUGAAGUGAACCUUAUUCCAGAAGUUCUACACCUUGGACAGUGACAUCGCUCAGCCAACUAGUGACGACUUCAACACUGCCGUCAACACUUUCCUGGACACUUUCAUCGCCACCGAUGCGGUUCAACAAGCGUGGACUUUCCUCCAAUCUCAGGGUGUGUCUACCAGCGACGCCACUGCUUUCCGUCAGCAGCUCACCAACUUGUGGUUCACCGCCUACGCUCGUAAAUCGGCCGCUGGCAGCUCUGGAUUCAAGUCGGUCUUCUUCGGAGAAGCCACCGGAACUACUAUCAAUCGUUUCGCCAACUGGUACGGAUUCUACCUUCAGGAACAAGCAGGAACCUUCAACUAUCACGGAUGGUUCACAAAGCUCAACGUGAGUGUGAUGGGGUGGUUCAUUUGAUUCGUGUUCAGAUACAGCAUAGUUGAGUGGAAAGUAGAAAGAGACCUAGUUCUGUUAUCAAUUCGGUUCGGUUCAACUCAGCAGAAGUUGAUAGGAAAACGAAUGGGAAACGUGCAGAAUUUGUAUGGUGAUAAGAAAUCAGUGUCAAGAGCAGUCACGUGGUCGGCGAAAGUGGUGACGACGAGGUUGCAGGCAAUUCGUUAUCGUCGAAAUUGUCGAAUUGGUCGAUGAUGGUGACCUGACGCUUGGGACCUCCUCGGGCCCGACGGUUUCCUGCGCCAGGAUGUUUUGGCGGAAGACCCAUCUCGUCCUUCUCCUUUUUGUUGUUCUCAUCAGGGUUUGCGUUAGCGUUAACGUUCAAGUUCGCAGAAUUCUUGCGUCUAGAAUUAGAAGUGUUACCAGGCGGCUACAGUAGUAAAGUACUCACUCAUUCAUCAUCAUGUUGAGACACUUCAUAGCCAGAUCACCAAUAGCAUCAGUUUUCCGCUCGAGUUCCAACAUUUGUUUUUCGCAUAACUCCAAGCGUUCCAAGAUGUUGAGCUUGUCUCUGGUCUCACUGAACGGCGACUCCAUCGGCUCGCCAGUAAGGUCCAGGAUCACAUUUUCCAGGUCUUUGAGCUUCUGGCACCGGUGAUUUUCCCGCUCGGAUAUCUCAGCUUCAAUCAUCAAAAGCUGCCCGGCGACGCGUUGAUUCUGGAAGAUUUCAUAAUCAAGCAAGAAUUGCCAAAAUUGUGAUUCACUAACAUGGAACUUGUUCAUGAGGAAACGGAACAUGACAAAAUAGUAAAAACGAAGAAGCGGGCGGUACUUGAUCAGCAGCGAAAUAUCCACUUCUGCGAAAGAAGAAUAAAUUGUUAUUUUCACCUGCCCGACUCCUCAGGGAGUCUAGCCAGCUUCUCGCCCCGCCUACCUUUCGAACUAAGAUCAUCGAAGUUUUCCUCAAGGAAAUGGUUGAUUUCGAAUUGUGUUUCAAGUUCCGACAUGUCACAGGAAGAGGAAAUCGAGGUUUCGGCAGAGUUUGUGCGACUUUCCGCGAAUAGAACUCUUUUGCGCUGGAAAAUGAGUAUAUAGGUUAGAGAUUGAAAGAAUAAAACCUACAAUAGCUGGUUCUAUAGCUGUCAGAGCGUCCGGGAGACUUGAACGACGAUCUUCGCUGCGCUAAACAUAAUUGUAGAGACCAAGAUUAAGAACAGACACAUUACAGUUCUUCUCAAAGAAAUCUUCCGCUCGAGAGGCUUAUCAAAACUAUCGUGUUUCUCCAGCACCGGUUUCACCAUUCCUUUGAUGCCCAUUUUCAGUAUCUCCGCAGUUACCGAGUUUUGAUGAUUGAUGGACUUCUUUUUAGUCGGUCGCCUUCUAAAAUGUCAAAAUUAUUCUCAAAACGUCGGUUGUUCAAUUCACUUCUCCAAUUUCUCCCUUAACUUCUUAGCCAAUGCUCGAUUCUGAUUAAUCCGUUCCUCGGUGACGUAGAGCUUGUAGCAAACAUGAGUGAAAUAGGCGUAACGGCGCGGAGGCCGCCAGUUUGUCGCCAAGUGAUAUCUCCACCAGCACUGAAUAGUGGAAGCCGCGAUAUUUCGCAAUCGAGUCGUGUGCUGGUCUUUGUUCGCUUCUUCCAUCAUUAGAGUUAGACCUAGAAGACGGGGAUUAUUAGAGAUGGUCCGACUACCGUAACCCGUACCAACAGAAAUCAAAGUGUUAGCUGCUUGGAAAGUACAGAAAGCUAUGAAUCCGAGAAGACAGACUAAAACCUUGGUCAACGCUCCGGUUGGAGAAAUGUCACCAUAUCCAACUGUUAGUACUGUAACGGCUGUGAACCACCAAGAGUGGGCCAUCGUGGGGAAUGUGGCAUCUACGUUCAGAGAAAAUUUGUUGAUUAAUAACAAUAGAACGUACUAGUUCCUUUAGGGAUUUUUAGGCUAUAGCCGGUGUCCUCGAUUCCCUGAGCCAGCGCUUCGGUGGAGUAAACAAUAGUAGCCAGACUAAUACCGACGACAAGAGUGAUAUAGUAUGUAGCGAGAAGUUGCCAUCUGAAACGUAGAAUGUAAAAUGAAGAAGCUCAAUGAGCUGGAAAACUCACUUUCCCAAAAUGAUCAUUUUGUGGAGAAGCUUCCAAGUGGCCAUUUGGCGGUCGACAUGAAAUAGUCGUAAAAUCUAAAUUAUAUGGGACCAGCGUUAGUACGAACGGGUCAUUUCGAGACCUGAAUGAAACGGAGAGUGUCUAAUGUGGCUCCGUCAACGUCGUGACCUUUGAAAAGGAGUAGGAGGAUAGUGGCGGGGAUGAUGAAAAGAUCGAUGAGGGUCACGGUGUGGAAGAGGUAGUAUAGACGACCUACAAUCGUUGUGUUUCGCAAAAAAAUCUUUUAAAAACAUGUUACCGUAAGACGUUCGAUACUUGGCAUCGGCUUUAACUGACCAUAACCUGACUGCGAACUCAACGAUGAAGAAGAAAAUCAUAAAGAUUUCUAGGAAAAAGUGAAUUUGAGAAACCAAUCCGUCAUUUUCAUUAGUAGCGGCUCCGAGGAUGAUGUUAAUGAUAACCAGGCCAAAGAUAACUGUAAACGGAAGAUUCAACAAUUGUGUGCGGAAGAAAAACUCACAGAAAUGAUAAGGCGCUGAAGCUGCAUUGAGUGGUUUUUCGAGAAAGUUAUAGACUUUUAACCGGAUUCUCCGGAGGUUUCUGAAUAGUUUUUCCAUUGAAUUGUCGGACGAUUUCCUUUCAAAAAAUACCUCUGCCGAUGAUUUCCCAAAUUGAUAGUAGACCUCCUUCGUAUAUUAUCCGAAACUUCAUCCUCAGACUCUGACAAAGAUUUUGUAAAAUCUUCGAUGGUCAAGGAUUGAUGCAUAUAAAAGUCGCAACAAAUUGAGGACGCGCGCAAAAAGUGUCACUUUAUUGGUAUUAAAACGUGACAACUGAUAAAACGGGGUGUUGGAAGUCAUUGAUAACACGGAAAACGAGAGACAGUCAUUGGAUUACACAAUUGAUUAAAUUUGCAUUCACAGAGCAUCGCUAUCGACCUUCAAUUCGUCGCUGGAAAAGAUGAGGACCUGGAAACUGCCUUCCUGCUCAAUACCUCUCCGGCAUUCGAGUUCGCCGCCUAUACUGUCGCUGCUCUGACAAACACUCAGCCAACUGUGACUGUUCAAGGAGAAGACAUCAUAAUUACCGCUACUACCCUGACGACCGGUGGAAAUGUCGUGGUAUGUUGAGUUACGAAAUUUAGUACUUUUGAGAUCUCGCUCUCGCUCUACGUAUUUCACAACUUUACUAUGUCGAAAUCUUUCAGCUCGACCAGGUGACUAUCUCCUUCGGAUCCAGCAGCAAGGCCACCACUCACCACUCGGGAAAAGCUACAACGAAGAAGCAUACCACCACCGACGCGGCUCUCCAGACUCUUGUUGACAAAAUGUGGAAUGAAGACCAGGACAGACCAAGCUCAACGCAGGUCACCAUAAACUGGGGAACCCAUAUAAGCGGAAAGACCGGAGAGAAACAGGCUGAGUGAGUAGAGAUGGGGGGAAUUGGAUAAUAUCAGAACGUUUUACAGUCUGUUCACUACUGUCGACGAGACUCUCUUCACCAAAAAGCAAUACGCCGACCUGCUGACCACCUACGAGAAGGAACUUUUUACCGCUGAUGUGUGCACAGCCGAAGCGGCAAUGAGCGGAUUCCGCAAGCAGUACCUCCAAGCCGUCUUUGACACCUUUACCGCCACCCCGAUGUUCACCGAUGCGUUCGCUUAUCUUCAAGCUCAAAGUAGGUUUCUCGACUUCCGUCCAUUGGUCAAGUUUUGGGUCAAAACCAAUACAUUUAAGACUACAAGGAGACGACCACGUUGGACAACUUCAAAACCAAAAUCUUGUGGCCAUUGUGGUUCGGAGUGUACACAAGAUGCAAGGGCGCUCUUGGUAGCUCGGGUACGUUCGCGUUUGUUAUGUAUUGCCAAACAGUUCAGUGUGUAUGUAUGUGUAUGUGACUUUUCAUGUGAGCAAACUAUAGACUACUGUUUGGCUACAAACUUUUGAGAUUGGAGAGGAGGGUCAGACUAACUUAAACCGUAAUGUUUAGAGAGAAAGAUCAAUGUAUGUAUUGUACUGUACACAAAGUUCACUUAACGGUGCAAUUUCUUCAGGAUGGGAGCACGUUUUCUCGGGAGAGCUCAAAAGUGGAACAGUUGAUGGACAGCACGAUUGGGUUAGAUAUUACACUGAGCAGAAGGCUGAUCGUAUGGUUUAUGAUGGAUAUUAUAGUCAUGACGAGGUAUAGAUUUCAGAUUAUCUUGGAAAAAAUGAAUAUAAAUGAUAAUGUGUUUCAGAACCUGAUCGGAACCUUCCAAUACCACUGGCAAGGAGCCACCAAGCCCACUGGAGGAUUCUUUACCGGAACUUCUCCAGCUUUCGACUUCUCCAUUCUCACUGUUUGCGCACUUGUUCAUGGAAACGGUGGAAACUGUCAUUUCAACGUCAACGACUACCCAAUUACCGUAACUUCCUACCUCCAAGAUUGCGGAGACGGAUCCGGAACUUGUUUGGCCACUGCCUACCCCGGAUAA